AAUAACGUUCCCCUUUUCCAAGAAAGAAAGCAACCCAAGAAGAGAGUAAUAAUCCUAUACGAGGAUCCCGAGUUCUUCUAUUUCCCAAGCAUUUGAUUAAUAGAACAGUUAAACUAGAACAAGGUGUCUAAAAGCGGGCGCGCUUUGACUCUAUUCCAAUUGCUACCUCUUUACAACCCAGAAGGGGUGAACUGUACACUACCCUUUUCAGCCUCACGUCGCUCUUCUUAUAAGGUCCGAUUAUCGGAUAUUUGAGGCUAUAUACCCUAAAAAUACAUCUUUUUGGUCAUAUACCUACUUACUCAAGAAGAGUUUCGUCCCAGCAUUCAAGAUGGGGUCAAUUCUUCAUCAGUCCACCGGGAUCGAGAACAAGCUGGAGGACUUGUCCGGUGUGGUCCCAAAGCCGGGUGAAAAUCCUUAUAAUGCUCUGAUAGAAGCCUGCGAUGAUGAUCCAGCGAAAAUCCAGGAGCUAUAUGCUGUCCAUCGCGUCAAGCGCAAUGCGCAGCAGAGAGCCAAGUUUCUCGCCCCCGACUACACAGGGCUGAUCAUAGAUCAGUAUCUGCUACGACUAGAAAAUCCUCAGAUAGAGCCAGGCUUUAAAGAUCCGAGGCAUUGCAUGACAUUCUGGGGGCGUCCUCCAACCCACAUCCUAGACCUUGCGGAGGCGAUCCAGAAGAAGCUCAAAGCUGUUGCACCAGCACUCUGGCUCAUGCCCCCCCACCGCAUGCACAUCACCACGCUGGAAAUCGAUUUCUCCCGCACCGCAGCCGAGAUCGAAGCGCUCAAGGAGACGCUGAGGCCCUCGAUCCCGCGCAUCGCGAACUUCACGUUCCGCCACCGGUCGCGCCUCGUCAAGCCCAUGGUCUCCUACGACCUGUCGGCCGUCGCGCUGUCCUUCCUGCCCGCCUCCUCCGAGCCGCGCCUCUCGCCGCCCCCAGCCGCCGCAUCUGACAGCGGGGAAGGGAGCGGCGACGGCGGCGACUCCUACACGUACCACCACCUGCGCCGCGACAUGUGGGAGCUGGCCAAGGACGCCGGCGUCAUCGUCACAUCGCGGUACGUGGUGCCGAGCGCGCACGUCACGCUCGCGCGGUACCUGGCGGACGCGGACCACGCGUCGCCCGAGCAGCGGAAGCGGUGGGUCGAUACGAUUGACGAGAUCAACGCGUGGUUGGAGGCCGAGGUGUGGGACAACGCCGGGUCGAGGCUGGUCGGGGAAUGGGUCGUCGGCCAGGAGAAGGGUUUGGAUGUGCGGGUUGGGACGCUGUGGUACGGUGGUGGUCGCACGAUCCAGAUAGGUGAGGGGUUCUAGAUUCUGUAUACCUCUCGGUCGGAUAUUUGACAGUGGACGAUUACUUUGCGAUAGAGGUACGAAGUUGGCUUUUAAGAAUUGUAUAGCGGCAUAGCCUCGAAAGAUCAACCGUAGAGUUUUAUUAGUAUUCAAUUUACCUACCAUGUACUUUUCGAAUAAAGGGAGUCUCUAGGGAACCAUAAACCCUUGAAAUUAUAUCAGUUAGCCAUGGGGGAUGGACAGCAAAAACCAUAGUAUCUAUAGGAUAUAAAUACGAGUACCUAAUGGGUUGUGGUCAAUUAUA